AUGGUCAAAGCUGAUGCCACGCGAAAUUACUACGCCGACCUGAAAGUCGCCGCCAACGCCAACGAGAACGAGAUCCGCAAGGCCUUCCGCACGCUCGCCCUGCAGUACCACCCCGACCGCAACCCGGGGCACGAGGCAGAGUUUGUCGUCAAGUUCCAAGAGAUCCAGGCGGCCCACGAGGUUCUGUGCGAUCCCACGCAGCGGCAGAAGUACGACAACGAGAGGAGGAAGUAUCGCAGCCUGAACGUGCCCACGCACACACCGAACACACCACGGGCAAGACCGCCGCCACCGCCGCGCAACGCACACACCACCAGCACGCCGAGCGGCUCCUACUACCGCCCUCCGCCGCCCAAGCCCCAGCCCCAGCCCCAGCGCCCACCCCCACCACAGCACCACCAGACGUACAACAGCGGCCAAGACAGGUUCAAAAACUUCCGCCCGCCACCCACAGCCCAACGACCGCAGUCCGCGCAAAAGGGCGCGCAGGACAGUGCAAAUGUCUUUACAGCAUGGCAGAAGAUGAAGACGGGCGCGCGGGCUGAAGAGCCACGCCCGUACAACUCCACAAAUCCCAACAACCCCAACGGCACUCCGUUCGGGCGGAGUCAGAGUACCAGAGUGCCAUCUGGAAAGACUGGCUUCAAUCCAGGCACUCCAGGCGCAGAUGAGGGGCCGGCCAAGUCUGGUGGCUAUCGAUCAAGCUACGCUCGUCCGACUGCAACACCCCCCACACCUGCCGACUCGAGCUCACCCAACACCGAUGUUCCCUACUCGGAGGGUAACCGCAUACGGACACCAUACUAUUCCAAGGCUUCAGGCAUGCGAGAGGAGGGUAUUGGAAGAUCUGCCAGCAUGCGCAACUCACCGUCGCACUCGCACCAGCCAAGCUCCUCCAACGAUGCAGCAUCGCACUCAGAUUCAGGUCAAAGACAGCAGCGGAACUCCUAUAGUGGAAGGUCGACUAGAGAUCCUUUUCCCCAGAUGUACCCCGACUCGAGCGACGAGUCUGAAGCAGACGUCUUUCGAACGAGUACCGGGAACAAGCAACGAGCUCACCCGCCACGAAAAGCUCCACAUCCGCCUCCUCCUACUUGGGACCAGAAUACCUUUGCAACUCCGCCGUCAAAGCAUCAUGCUCCCCCCUCUGGGAACGUACCAAACAGCUUCAAGAGCAUGAGCGAGGAGAGCAUCAACAUGAAGUUUUCGCCUUCUGAUUGGCACGGCAAGUUUCAAGGCACCGCUGACUAUUUCGCACCCAGCGUGCAGCCGGCCGCCAAUGCCAGAGGGCCCCAGUCACCCACACGAGGGAGAACAGCGUCACAACGGACGACACCAACAUUUCCAUCAUCGGGAAACACGUUCAAAACACAGUUUGGCUACAUGCCUCCGCCGCCUCCCGGUCCACCUCCUCAGGCCAGCUUUGCUCCCCGUCCUGAGGCUAUGCCUCACACUGCAAAGUUCAGUCCGGAAGUGUGGAGUGAGACUUUCAAAGAGGCGAGUUGGGCAAUGCCGAGUGAGGUCUCUGACCGUAAGAACUCUGAAACUACCAAGCGGCCGAAAGCUGCCGCACGGAAGCCCUCUGUACCCAAGACGCAAGAACAGUCUGACAAGUCACGACCCAAAUACCAAGCAACUGCAGAGGAGCCAACAGGCGAGCCUGAUGAGAUGGAUAUUGAUUCAGACAGCCCACCAGCUACGAAUGCCAAUUCCUCCACUACAAGGCCCAAGACAGCACCAUCGUCGCCAAGAAAAGAAAAGACAAGGAGGACGGGCUCUGUACCACCGAAGAGUGCGCCUUAUCCUGCUCCUGCGACCGCGCCCUUUGCCCCAGGCUUGAACGGUCUCUCCGGUAUCGCAUCGGUUGAACCCUUCCUCCCAACCCAGAAUGGUGGUCUGUCGGAACUUGAUGCGCUCAAGGAUACCCUUCCGUUCCAAUCGCAGGCGUCGGCCACCCACCCUACGAAGCAGAACUCGGCUCGAGCCCUGAAACUACCUCCAGUACCCAUGGCCCCUCACGCUCCUCUCAAGCUCGAUCAAGCUACCACAGACGCAUACUUCAGUCACAUGGAAAGCUACGCCAGGGCCUUCAAUAGCUUCAGCAAGGGCAUCACCAAUCAUUUUGCCUCCCGAAGCGCAGAGCUCGAAGGCCUGGAAGAUCGGUUUAUUCACAAUCGCGGAGAAACAAGCAAGAAGCUUGGCUUUGCCAGCUAUCUCAACAGGAUGAAAGAAGACGAGGCGGUCAUGACGAUGUGGAAGAUUGCGCAGGAGAGACAUAUCCAAGCCUUGGAAAAAUGCGAGGAAGUCCGAAACAAGACAAUCAAGCUGUAUCAGUGA